UGCGGCACUUGCUCAGCUCGUAGUGAAAGUCGGCAGCAAGGUUUUUUGUUUGUUUCAGAUAAUCUAAUUUUUUACACUAUUUCAUCAUGAGUUGGCAAGCAUAUGUAGAUACAAAUCUUCUAGGCUCUGGGAAGGUUCAACGAGCUGCGAUUUUCGGUCAUGAUGGGAGUUGCUGGGCUACAAGUGCAGGAUUUUCGGUAUCAACAGAAGAAGCUAAAGAUUUGAUAAAGAGUCUCAAUGAUGGUAGCGUGUCAGGAAAGAGUGUUGCCGGUACAAAAUACAUGAUGCUCAGAAAUCAUGACAAGACCGCAUAUCUCAAGCUCAAGGACAAGGGGGGGUUCACAGCGUGUCUCACGUCACAAUGCAUGGUUCUAGGUGGCUAUGAUGAGUCAGCAGGUGGAGCUGGACUUUGCAAUAAUAUCGUGGAAAAUCUUGCCCAAUACCUCAAAGACAGCGGCUUCUAAGAACAGAUAUUUCACAUUUUCUAGUGUAAAACUUCUCAGUGUUUUCUAUAUUUGUAAAAUGAGUUGCGUUGAAAUAAUUAACCACAUGCCGGAAAAGUGUUAAGCCACUUGAUAGAUCAGCUAAUGUUUGAAUACAAAUGCAUGAUAUCUGCUUUAGAUAUAUUUUGUUGGCCUUCCAGAUUGUGAUAAUGAAAUAAAGAUGUUAUUUYUCAA